GAUAUUGACAACGUAAUUUGGGACGCAAUCAACAAAGUCCGACAUGUAUACCAACAACGACUUCCUCUACUCACGCGGGUGACGGCGCGUGCUUUCACUCGUUAAAACUUCCUCUCGAAUCUGAAAACCGCCGCACGGAGAUGUCUCUCUCGCUGCGCUCUUCUUCUGCGGCGGCGUCGACAUCGGGAUCAUCGUCUUCUCCAGCGGCGGCUUCGUCAUCCUCCACGGCGACGACGACGUCCUGGUUCUCGGGAAUCUACCGAGGAAAAUCCGGAACGGCGAAGCUGUCGAAAAGCGCGUCGGUUGCGGGAGGCGGAAGCGGGGAUUACGGGGGCGGACCGAUCAAAGGGAAGAACCAAUUUCGCGGAGUGUUGUUCAAAUACGGUCCCAAAUCAAUUCAGGUGGCUUUUAAGACGGGAGAGUAUAAACAACAAGUGAUCUUCAUCGGUGGAUUAACCGAUGGUCUUUUAGCUACCGAUUACUUGGAACCUCUUGCAAUUGCUUUGGAUAACGAGAAAUGGUCACUUGUUCAGCUACUCAUGUCCUCUUCAUAUUCUGGAUUCGGCACUUCCAGCUUGAAACAAGAUGCACAAGAGAUCGACCAACUGGUAAGCUAUCUCAUCAACAAAGAGAACUCUGAAGGCGUUGUUCUGCUUGGUCAUAGCACUGGCUGCCAGGACAUUGUGUAUUACAUGGGAACGAAUGCUGCAUGCUCCCGAGCCGUCCGAGCUACAAUUUUGCAGGCACCGGUCAGCGAUAGAGAGUACAAAGCAACACUCCCUGAAACACCAGCUCUGAUAGACUUGGCUGCAAAAAUGAUAAGCGAAGGCCGAGCAGAGGAGCUAAUGCCUAAAGAAGCUGAUCCUUGUGCUCCAAUCUCUGCUUAUAGAUAUCACUCCCUCUGCGCUUACAUGGGGGACGACGAUAUGUUUAGUUCUGACCUAAGUGAUGAUCAGUUGAAAACUAGACUUGGUCAUAUGGCUAACACACCUUGUCAGGUGAUUUUCUCCAUGGGUGAUGAGUAUGUACCGGAUUAUGUCGACAAAAAAGCACUGGUUAAUAGAUUAAGUAAAGCAAUGGGAGGAGCAGAGAAAGUGGAGAUAGAGCAUGGGAACCACUCUCUAUCCAAUAGAGUUCAUGAAGCUGUUCAAGCCAUUAUUGGUUUUGUCAAAAGAGAAGGACCCAGUGGUUGGGAUGACCCUUGGAGCUAAAUCUUCCUUCUUUUUCAUUUAUAUGGAUGGAAAAUUAUCCAAAUCUCAAUCUCAUGAAUUAGCUUGACUUCUUGGGCUGAUUCACAAUCAUUUCUCCUUCAGCGUAAAGAGAAGACAAUUUGUUUUCUCUUUGUCUGAUAUAUAUAUACUUGGAUCAUUGAAAAACUCGUUCAUGUUAUAUAACCAUCGGUUUCUUUUGUUGUAUCUUUGUCUUCAUACGAAAUUGUUUUCUUUUUAUAUGAUC